AUGUCCAAACCAAGCUUAGUUUCUGAGUCAAAGGAUGUCUUCGAUCAGAAAGCCAGUAACAAGCACUGGAUUCAUGUGCAACCAAGAUGGGGAGAUUAUGAUUCACACGACAUAGAAUGUUACGCAAGAGCAAAAUUUAUGGACUACAUGACAGAUAAUUUGUCCAUCUACCGUUCUCCGACUGGGGUGAUGAUUGGACUUGAUCUAGCUUAUAAUUUGCACUCUGCUUUUGGUAAUUGGUUCCCCGGGUUAAAGCCCGUCCUUCAGCAAGCAAUGAACAAGAUCGAUGUAAAAUCAUGUUCUGUAUGUGCUGAGGGAGAGAAUAGGAAAGGGUCUUGA